GGAAUAUUUUUCAUUGUAUGGAACUGAUAUUCAGCAAUUCUUCGCGUUUAUUUGUAUGCUUAUUACUUUUUCGAUUUUUUAAUGCUUUAUUAAUACAAACAUCUUAUGUACCAGAUGAAUAUUGGCAAUCUAUCGAAGUCGCACAUAAAUGGGUGUUUGGAUAUGGAACACUCACUUGGGAAUGGGAACCAAAAAUCGCACUUCGGAGUCCUGUUCAUCCACUUUUGAUUAGCUUCAUAUAUAAAGUGAUUGCAACUCUUGGUGCUGAUUCACAGUGGAUGAUAAUGAAAUCACCUCAAAUUCUGCAUGGUUUUUUUGCAGCUAUUGCUGAUUUUCACUUGUAUAAACUUAUCAAACAACUAUCUGGAUUUGAAAUAGCCAAAUGGACAUUGUUUCAUCAUGUUUGUAAUUGGUUUACUAUAUAUUGUGCUCCACGAAGUCUAUCAAACUGUAUUGAAUGGUGUUUGUGCAUAAUUGGUUUAUCCUAUUAUCCAUGGAAUGUGAUAUGCCAAACAGAUCAACAGUUUAUUCAAUUAACCGCAUCCAACUAUCAUAAUCAGUCGAAAUGGUUCAUUUUUAUUGCAGUAGUCUGUGUUCUAAUACGUCCAACAGCUUUGAUUAUUUGGUUCCCUUUAUGUUUUUGGCAUAUAUGGCGAAAGUGUAUGAUAGCUAGUACACUAGAUAAGGAUAAUAAUCAUAAUCUUGAAGAAUAUCAAGAGUAUUCUGGGACAAAAUGGUUUCUAAACCAUUUUAUCUGUCAGAUUGGAAUUUACUUAAGUAUAAUUGUGCCCUGUUUUACGUUCUCUUGCGUUCUGGAUCGUUGGACAUUUAAUCAGUGGAUGAUCAACCAGUGGAAUUUUAUUAAGUUCAAUAUUUUUUCUGGUGGAUCACGAUUUUAUGAUGUCCAGCCUUGGCACUGGUACAUAUCCCAAGGAUUUGCAGCUAUGUUGUUAACGCAAACACCUUUGGUGGUGACCUUUAUUGUUAUGUAUUUUAAAUAUGGUCCAUGUUUUGUAAGAGAUCUCGCGGGAGCGAGGAAGAAGAUAGACUAUUCAAACAACUCUUGUAACCAGAUGUUUCGUGAUCCAUGUGGUUUGUGUAUUAUUGUCAUGAUAUGGACUAUAAUAUGUUAUAGGUAAGUUUAGAUCAUUGAUUAAUCGCCUAACUAGUUUAUUGCACAUCGCGUAAUCAUGGAUAAUAAAUAACCGCUUAUCUGAAUGAAAACGUGGGGCACGCGUGAUAACCAUGUUUAUGCCGAAUAUAAUUUUAAUUUGGUUUAAAAUAUACUGAGUGGCAGUAACUAAUUUCUUUUCCUUUAAUCAGCAUCAACAACUUAUUUUGUCUUUUUUAGCUGUAGGAGUAAACAUAAUCAAUAACAAAUCACCAGAUAUUGAAGGUAACCAAAUCCUGUGAAACCUCUUUCAAUUUCAAAACGUUUGAAAGUUAAUCAUAGUAUAAUUCAAAAAAGGGAAACAUCUUGAGCUGUUGAAAUCCACACGAAGAUACACUAUUAUAAUCACAAGUACUGACAAGUGAAAAAAAACUGGCCAGUAACAGUUAAUUAUAAAGGUCUAAUGAAAAAUUCUUAGCACUGAAAGUUAGUGGUGAAUAAAAACAUUGAAUCAAUGACGGUAUAUGUAACUAAUUCUCAGGAAACUUAACUACAGUAGUAAGUGAUGAAAUUACUUAUAGGUCAAAACUAUUCUGGGUCGCUCAUGGGCUACUAUGUAUUUAACUCAUGAAAGGGCUUGGCGUGUGAAUACUUUGUGUGAUAUAAAAUUCCAGAAUUCAGCAUCUAUUGUCAGUUCGGCUGAUACCAAACAAAAAUAGGUUGGUUAUCCGUCCACUUUUCUCAGUAGAUAAGUGGAGAACGCUAGCGCGUCGUCUCAGUUACUGUUGCCACAAUGCCUGUUUUGUACCUAGUGUAAAUAUUUACUCGUUCAUCUGGCUCUCUUUAUCAACUCAAACAUGAUCAGAAGUCACCUUUGUGUAUUUAAAGUUUUACGUUCCUAGUUGAAGGUAAUUCUCUCUCUUUAAUGUCCAGUUUCUUGCCGCACAAAGAAUUCAGAUUUAUCUUCCCAUCAAUCCCGCUAGCUAUGUAUUUUUCUGGUAUUAUAUCAGUGUGGUUCGUUCGUUACGGAUUCAAACUAAAAUUUCUACACAAUCAGGAUACCCGACGCCGCCAAUAUUUGGUGUCAUUCAUCAUUUUGACACAUAUUCCAUUGGCAUUAUAUACAUGCUUAGUGCAUCAGCGUGGGGGACUUGAUUCAAUAAAAUUUUUGAACCAACAAAUAUUGAAAAAUCAACCUAGAAAUGAGGUUGUAACUGCUCUGAAUUUGAUGCCGUGUCAUACAGUCCCAUCAGUAGGAUAUCUACAUCGAAACAUUUCUUUUAAGCAACUGUCAUGUAAUCCAGAUUUGACAAAUUUGAUAUCAGAUAGUUAUCGGUAUAACGAUGAGGCUGAGAUGUUCUAUGAAAACCCAAGAUUGUGGUUGGAAAACUACUACAUUUCAUCAGUGGAUGGAGCGAAUAGACAUUUCCAAAAACCAAGGUUUAUAUUUAUGUUCGAUCAUCUGAUUAAUACAUACAAAUAUGUACAAACACUUUUAGUAUCUUGGGACUACAAAUUAUGUAAAGAGCUGUUUUUCUCCCACAUACUAACUCAUUCUCGAUAUGGUCGAAGUAUACUUGUGUACUGUCUAGAUUAUAAUUGACUUCAUUUUUCCCUUAUUUUUGUUUAAAAACUAACCGAACAAAAUAAAUUGGAAUAUUAACGUAUAAAACGACUAAA